CUGGUACCUGGAGCCCUGUGCUGCUGUGCUGUUUCUCAAUGGACCUGAUCCGGGGCUUCUGCGGGAAGCUGCGGUCUCUGGCUAGCACCCUAGACUUCGAGACAGCCCGGCUGCGGCGAGCGCUGGAUGGAGAGGAAAGCGGCCUUGAAGAUUAUCCAGUGACAAUUUUACAUGACCUUCAUUCAGAAGUCCAGGCUCUAAAGGAUGACGUUAACAUUCUUCUUGACAAAGCAAGAUUGGAAAGUCAAGAAAACUUUGGUUUCAUAAAGGCAACAAAAGUGCUGAUGGAAAAAAAUUCAAUGGAUAUUAUGGAAAUAAGAGAGUUUUUCCAGAGGUAUGGAUAUACUCCACGUGUCAAGAAAAAUUCAGUGUGUGAGCAAGAAGUCAUUAACUCCACCCCAGAAUUGUCUACUUGUGAAAAUUUUCAAAAGCCUGCUGUGAAGGAUGAUCUGUGUGAUCCUACUGUUGCAACUGGUUUUAUUUCUAAGCAGUCUCCACGUAGUCCACGGCUUUCAGAUUUUGGACUUGAGCGGUACAUGAUAUCCCAAGUUCUACCAAACCCCCCACAGGCAAUGAACAACCAAAAAGAAGAAUCCAAAAUUACAACUCCAGCCACCAAACAAUCACCAGUACUAAAAACUCCAAAAUGUGCACUAAAGUUGGAUGAUUUUGAGUGUGUAACUCCUAAAUUAGAACACUUUGGUAUCUCCGAGUAUACCAUAUGUUUAAAUGAAGAUUAUACAAUGGGACUUAAACAAAUGAAUAAGAAAAGUGAGAGGACCAUAGAAACAAAAUCCAUGACCAGUGAUAAAUUUUUUGCUACUCCUAUCCACAUUAUCCAGCAGUCAGAAAAAAGUGAUGUCGAGUAUACAAAUUCCCCCUUGGCACCUACAUUCUGCACUCCGGGUUUGAAAAUUCCUUCUACAAAGAGCAGCACUGCUUUGGGAUCCACAAAUUAUCCAUUAUCAAAAACAAAUAGUUCAUCAAAAGAUCUGAAAGUUAAAGAUUGUACUUCGUUAAUAUUAAACUCCGACAAGUGCUUUGAGAAUUUUGCAGAUCCAUCUUCUCCUGCAAUUUCUUCUUAUGAGAAUCUGCUCAGAACACCUACACCUCCAGAAGUAACUAACAUUCCAGAAGAUAUUCUCCAGAUUUUAUCAAAAUACAACUCAAACCUAGCUACUCCAGUAGCAAUUAAAGCAGUGCCACCCAGCAAAAGGGUCCUUAAACGUGAUGGAGAGAACAUCCAAGAUACUGACAACAAAGAAAACUGUUUCAGACACGGAAGAUGGACAAUUUUCUGAACAUAGAAGGCAACAUUUGACUUCUGAACAAGCAGAAAGUCCAAGAACAGGGUACAACUGAGGGGCUUCUAGGACUUGAAUGUCUGGAUUUUUAGAAAUCCAGCCUGGACUUUCAUUUGCAUUUAGCCGUUUUCUGUUUUGUAAACCAUUGUUAUAAGCAUAUUGUUUAACUCUUUUUUUAAACAUUUAACAGUUCUCUGCCUGACAUGUUUUAUUUUCUUUCUUGGUAACUCUUCUUCAUGGGAGGAAAUAUGGGCAGGAAAACAUUUCCUUGUAGCCGUGACUUGAAAUCCACGCGCAUCUGAAAGGAAUACUUUUUGUGUGGUAAGAGGGAUCAAUUUAUCAUUACCAAUUUCAGUGCGCUCAAAAUCUGAAUAAAAUGUAGGUAAUUUUUUGAAAGCUUCAUUUAUUCCAUGAAUUAUUGUUUGGUGGAACCCUGUAAUUGGAGUUGACUGUGAAUGUGAAACAGUCUUGACUACCUUCAAAAUUAUAUCCUGGGUCUGACUGAAAAGGAGGUGAAGAGCACGUUCUUGGAUGCCUGGAGUCAGAUGCACUUCGCAAGGAUCAUUUUUGUGAAGGCAGACUGGAGUUUUCAGAAACUGAUCUCAGUGAAAAAUCAGACUCUGAAGGAUGCCUUUCUGCCAAAGAUAAUCCCCACUGUGACAAAAUGUCCUGCGAUUUUUUUGUAAUUUCUAUUGCAAUGUCCAUGUCUUUAGCAAUAUCAUCAAAGAUCUGCAAAAGCAUCGUAGUUACCUUCAUAACCAGGAGGAUAGCUUUGUUAUGUUACUAUUGAUAUGUUCAUAGGCUUUUCUUUCAAUGUAUUUGUACUUCUAUUUGGACUAUUGCAAAGAGUUUCUAAAGGAUAUGUGAGUUUCAUGCAAACUGUAAAACUGUCAUCUUGGUUCUUUGGCCACAUAUAAGAAUGUAUAUUUUUUAAUUUGCAAAGAUCAAAAACAUUGUUGUACUUCCUAGAACUGAAAGUUGUCAACUUUUCAUUCAUUUCUGAAAGUGAGUUUUCUUGCCACCCAUUAAAAUAUUUGAUCUUGAGAGAAGGGGAUGGUCACUCUGAUGAAUUCUAAGUAGAAUUUCAUCCCUUUGUGAUAGAAUUCUUACCAUCUUCUUAAGAGUAACUAUAGUUGGAGGGGUGAGGUGGCUCACGCUUAUAAUCCUAGCACUCUGGGAGGCCAUGGCAGAUGGAUUACUUGAGGUUAUGAGUUCGAGACCAGCCUGAGCAAAAGUGAGACCCUGUCUCUACUAAAAAAAAAAUAGAAAAACUGAGGCAAGCAGAUCACUUAAGCCCAACAGUUGGGGUUUGCUGUGAGCUAUGAUGCUAUGGCACUCUACCCAGAGCAACAGCUUGAGACUCUGUCUCAAAAAAAAAAAGUCUGGAGUGGGUGCAAGAGAAAAUAGGUGAUGAAGUAAAAACUACUAGAGACAGUUCUUUUGGCUAGAUUUGCUAAAGAAAAAAGAGAAAGAAGCCUAGAGGGGAUUGUGCAGUAAAGAGGUGAUUUUAAGAUGGGCAAUAAAGUCUUGAGCAUUUCUGAUAGCUUACAGUGGCUCUACUUGCUUUGUGAUGACCCCCCAAAAUUGUCCAAAUUUCAUCUUUCCCUGACCCUCUCCAUUUUCCUCCUAUGAUUCUAGUUUCUGUUCCUUAGAAUUAUUGUUUCCAGUUUCUCAAGCUCCAAACAUUGGGAUCUUUCAAGCAUUUUUUCCCACUUUUUUUUUUUUUUUUUUGAGACAGAGUCUGAUUUUCUUGCCCUUGGUAGAGUGCUGUGGCGUCACAGCUCACCACAAGCUCCAACUCCUGGCCUUAAGCGACUCUUCCUGCCUCAGCCUCCCAAGCAGCGGGGACUAUAGGUGCCCACCACAGUGCCUGGCUAUUUUUUUUGUUGUUGUUGUUGCAAUUUGGCCAGGGCCGGGCUUGA